GAGAGAUAUACAAAUAACCUUUACAUUGCUAUCGGAGCGUUGUGCCCCUUCUUCUGCUCAAGGGGCCCUAACGAGCCCCCUGCUUGGAGGGCUCUCAGGGAGCUCACUUCUGCUUGGCCAGCAGGCUGCAUCCUUGCGGCUUGCUCAACUGAAAGCCCAGCUAGCGUUGACACAGAUAACCAAUGCUCUUGCUGUUGGCAGCAGAGCCGCGACAUUGACAGCCAACUCCAACACAACUGCUCCCUACAUACCCACAACACCCACCUCCCCAACUGCUGCAGCCAUCAAUCUCCUUAACCUUCUCAAGAUUGCAAACACCAUGUCCCAUCCCCUGUACAACCCCUAUGCCCCUGGAAACCAAAGUUCCACCCAGGGACAGUAUGGACUCUCCAGUAUACCGACAGAAAGGGACCCUCGGACGGCAUCUUCUCGCCUUGGACCUGGGUCCAGCUUCAACUCUCCUGGAGCUUCUUCUGGGACUCCUGCCAUCUCUGGAGGAAUGCUCCCGUCAAUGAACUACAGGCCUGAACAGAGUAGGGCCAUAGUAGACGAGAACAUAGAGAGGUCUAUAGACAUGCAUAUUAGCAGAGCCAGAGAGGAAGUAAGGCUUCUCGGCAAACCGAUUCAUCAGUCCAUUGACCAGGGCAAUCGCUUUGCAAGCACUCAAAGGAAUGAGUUUCUCCCGUCAGGUCCAGGGAUGGUCUCCUACCCAAUGUCCUCAACCUCUGUCCCUCUAGGACAUAGACAAUCUGGCGUUGAAAGUUGCAGUAACUCCUUGGACUGGUCAUCGAACUACAACAGGCCCACUGCUGAUAACCCCUCACAAUUGUAUUCAUCUGCUUCGUCUAACUAUGCAAGCUGUGGUGAAGGUAGGUUUAGUGCCUCCAGUGAAAGAGAACGUGAUAUGCAGUCGAUUCCGGGGUUAGGUGAUUUCGACUAUCAAGUGCCAGAAAAAAAACCUGGGGGCCCCACAGAGCCCAAUCGACCAAAGUACACUUCUGAAUCCGCUUCUAACAUCCUUCAGCAAUUUGGGCUUGAAAAAGAGGACUUGGAACAUCUCAUCUCCUACCCUGAAGACCAGAUCACCCCUGCUAACCUGCCGUUCAUUUUGCGGCAAAUCUGCAUUGAGAAGAACAAGAGAACUUCUACUGUACUUCAGUCAAAACCCUGCCCCAAACCCCCACCCACCAGAAAUGUAAGUGGAAUGGACAGUCAUAGUUUGAGCAGUUCAGGAGGGGCAGGGAUGCACCAGAAGGAAAUGUCAUCAGCUAUUUUCCAGCAGAGUAAAGUGAUUGACUAUGGACACACUGGAAAAUAUACAGGAGCGGUUGGGAAUGAAAUUGGAAAGACCGGUAGCAGUAAAGCUAACAGUGGUGGGAGUGGAAGUAUGUUGCAGAUGGACACUUACGAUAGUAGCCGACCCAUUCGAGAACCUCUGCAAAAAAAUACAACAGAGGUGAAAAACAAUGCCUUGGGAUCUUCACGUGACCAGACGAGUUCUGUUUCCAGCCUCAGCUCUUGGUAUAGUCCAAUAAUGAGCACGGUGGCUUCCCCGAGCAACGAUCAGACCAAGCAACUGCACACCCAACUAAAACAGACUUCAGUUCUCAGCUCUUUCUCUCUGCCAAAGAAAGACACCGACAUCAGAUUUCUCAAGUCCGAAGCCCCCAAACCUGUUCCUUUGAAAGAACCAGAGGUAGACCGCCAGUCAACGUUGAAAACCCAACCGCCCCCAACUCUGUACCGUGGUGUGCAUCCCAGCCGACCUGGCCUUGUGGUCCUUGGAAGUAAUGAAGCCAGUGGCACUAAAGGUACAAGUAAAACUCAAGGACAAGGUUCAACAGUUGCUGAGCAGAUGAAAAAGCAGCAGCCGAUGCAGAAUCAGCCGAAGCAGCAGCCGAUGCAGAAUCAGCCGAUGCAGAAUCAGCCGAAGCAGCAGCAGCAGAUGAAGCAGCAGCCGAUGCAGCAGCCGAUGCAGAAGCAAACGAUUCAGAAGCAGCCAGAACAGCAGACACUGAAGCAGCCAGUAUUGCAACCAGGUCAAGCAAUGUGGCCUCCGUUUUUUUCUGCUGCAACAACAGUUCCCCCUGCUUCUCAAAUCUCCAGCAUCACUAAUACCAUGAAGCAUCCGCUGUAUGUCCUCGGUGGUCCUCAGCCCAGUGCUAUUCCUCCAGCUCUGCCUCGGCCAAUCCCGGGCCUGAUGAAUCUUACUCAUCUGUCGCCGCCACCUUCCAAGGUUCUACCAACGGCAGCCAUGAUGCAUGACUAUGCGGCGGCCACGCCGAGAAUCUUUCCACAUACCUGUACUCUGUGUAACAAAGAAUGUACUCGUAUGAAGGAUUGGAUUUCUCAUCAGAAUACCAGCCUUCACCUUGAGAGCUGCAAACUCCUCCGAAAACGAUACCCAGAGUGGGAUGGGGAAAUAGCACUAAAACCCAGUGCUGCAGGUAAAGAUGCCAAGCCUUCGCCCGCAACUUCUUCACAGACUUCCCAGCACCGUCAACAGAAAGUCAAGCAUGGAAGCCGCUCUCGUUCUCACUCGUCUAGCCCACAUCGCCGGCAUGGCUCAGACGGUAGAAAGGAGAAACGCAGUAGCCGAUCACGUUCGCCGCAGAGAGCCAGAUACACUCGCAGGUCCCGCUCUCGUUCUCGUUCCCCAUGGUAUGAGCGCCCUACUUCCUUCCGCUAUCGGUCAUGUUCGAGGAGCCCAGAGAGACGGUCGUCACCGAGGAGGAGAGACGAGGAACGGUCCUCACCACGAAGGAGAGGCAAUAGACGAUCAUCACCAAGGAGGAGCCGUGAGAGACAGUCAUCGCCGAGCAGGAGCCGCGAGAGACAGUCAUCGCCAAGCAGGAGCCGCGAGAGACAGUCAUCGCCAAGCAGGAGCCGCGAGAGACGGUCAUCUCCAAGGAGGAACCGUGAGAGACAGUCAUCGCCGAGCAGGAGCCGCGAGAGACAGUCAUCGCCAAGGAGGAACCGUGAGAGACAGUCAUCGCCAAGGAGGAGCCGUGAGAGACAGUCCUCGCCAAGGAGGAGUGACGAGAAGCGAUUGGGAUCAAGAAGGAGUAAUGAGAGAAGAUCACCACCAUGGAGAAGUGAUCAGAGUCGAUCCCCUCAACGAAAGAACUCAAGCAACGCAGAGAUCCUAACUAGGAAACUACUGAAAUCAUCAGCUGUCCAAUCCCUGUCAAAACAUUCUGAUCUGGAGGCCGUGGUUAAGACACUGGCUCCUGCCUUACUGGCCGAGCUAGCCAAGAUGAAACCUUCCUCAUCUUCUACUACCUCUUCCUCUUCUACAGCAAAGAAGGAGUGCCCUAAAAAGCCAUGGAAAGCAAAGCUUAGCCUGCAGAAGAGCAAGUCUGGUAAAUCUUCACCUCCAACCAUGGUGAAACUCCAAGGAAUUCGUAGUUCUAUCUCUCACAAUGAUGUGUUGGCUGCAGCGGAGCACUUUGGAAAAACCAAGUCAGUUGUACUGUUUCGGUCCAAACUGGAGGCAAUCGUGUGUUUCGAGAAAGAAGAAGACGCAAAGAAAUUGAAGAGCGUGAACAGCCUCGAUGUUAAAGGAAUGCUAAUCACUGUUGUCAGAGAACAGGAGACUGAUUCUAAAGAGCAAAAGAAGCCUCCUCAGAGAAAGCCUGCCACGUCCAGUGUUUCCACAUCGCAAACCACUACCAAAAGAAAAGUUCUUCUUCCUACACCUAACAUGCGUCCGCUUAAAGGGCCCAAAACGCCUUCAUCUUUACCUUCUGGAGCCAAAAAAGCUACAACAGGCAAACAGACAAAUCAGAAAAGUGCAGGUAAAGGCUCAGUAAAAGGCCCACCGACUGUCACUAAAGCAAAAGUCUUGGUUUCCAAGGCGAAAAACGUCUCAACCAAGCCGAUAACAAAAAUGGUAACCAAACCUGCGAAAAUGGUAAAAACAGGAAAGUUACCUGCAAAGAAAGCUGUAAAAAAGUCCAUGGGGAUGCAAAAAAAGUCCACAAAUCCAGAAAAUCAGCUUGACGUAGAAAAUUCCAAGCCUAAAGAAUCAGAAACCAAGGUUCAAGAAGAUGUGCUGAAAGACACAGCUGAUGUUGGAAAAGCGAAUGUCCCAGUUUUUGAACCCAAGCAUCAGGCAGAACUAGGCAAAGCCAGUGCCGCUGAAGAUGCAGAACCAAUGGAGAUUGGGGAAAUCGCAGUUGAAGUGGCAGAACCCAUGGAAGUAGCAAGUUGUGCUAAGGACCAAGGAGAAAAAAUGACAACUACAGAAGCUGUACCGGCAACUUCAGAGGCGGCACCUGAAAAUGUACCUGGCAGUUCCAGUGAGAAUCAACCACCAAACAGUACAAUUGAGACCCUGCCGACAGAAACAGAUUUACCACAUGUCCAACAAAGCACCUUGUUAGAACCAGAGUCCACUGCACAAGGACCGGAGACAAAGACAGAGGCUUCACACCUUCAACAGCAGGCUGCAGGAAGUCUGACUGAAGUCGCUGAGGAGCCAAAGCUGCCAGAUAAAAGGGUGAAGACAAAACCAAUACUAAGAGAUGAUGAUGAGGACUAUCUGACUACUGAGGAGAGGGUUAAAAGGUACAUGAGUUCAUCCAGAAUAGCGUGCCUGAAGAUGAACGCAGGAGGGAACUCGAAAAAGUUGAGGUACCUUAAAAGAACGCAGUUGCUCAUAACCAACCUGCCGGAGUAUUACGACGGCUGCUACACAGAGAAGGAUCUUGCCAAUCUGCUCAUACCCUUUGGAUUUAAAUAUGCAGAUAACAACAUCAUUGUUGUUCCUCAGGCGUGCAUGGCUUUUGUCAUGAUGCCGAAUAAGAAGGAUUUUUGCAAGAUAUUGAAAGCCAACGCAAUCAUGGGCUUUUUCCUCAGAAAUUUUAAACUUGGUCUCCAUGCCAUUGCCAAUGGCAUCGACAUGACACUGCUUGGGUUUUAUCAAUGGCUGAUGAAGCAUGUGCAUAAUGAAGUGUUUGAUGAUGGAUUGAAAACAAUCUUCAUCAAGAACAUUUCAUGGAGUGAGUCAGACCAGCUCAGAAAAGAUUUGGAAAAAAUCAGUUCUGUUCAGAAUUUCCUGCCUCUCCUCAACAAGGUGUUUAUAGAAUUUGAGUUCCCUCACGAUGCUGAUCGGCUUGGAGUUUGGUUGAGUCUCCUGAAACAACCACCUGGCUACGAAGUCCACAGGCUAAGAAUACCAUACACGAGCUGUACAUCACAACCACCAAGACUUCCUGAGAAAGCUGUACCAGACAGCAAACGCGCUGUUGAUGGGGCAACUAUCCUGCCAGAAAGAGAGAGUGUUCCAGCUGGCAGCAUUGGACUAUUCUGGGUCCCCUUGAGAACUAGUCCUUUCCUGUUCCCCACCAUGUCUCCUUGGUUCAUCAUCCCAGAUUACCUGACAGAGAGGAAGGAAGACAUUGAGAAGGCCAGUGGUCGUGGUUCCAUGAUUCCCACAAUCAUGUUGACCGGUUUACCAGAAGAAGGCUACAAGCACAAGGACGUGGCAAAGCUGGUCUGGCGUUAUUUCCCCAAACAGAACCUUCACUGCCUGUACUACAACGUGAUGGUCUUGAUGCUGCAGAAGAGGGCCUUUGUGUAUUUUCCUGAUUGGACAACAUGCUGUGACUUUGUCCGAGAUCACAUCACAAAACCAGUUUCUGUCCAAGGCUGCAGGCUUUCAGUUCACAUUGUCUUGGAACACAUGCUUCCCGAAUCCAGUGAGGAGAUGAUGUACACAACUCUGAUGAAGUUGAGCAACGCUGGAGCUCCAGACCCAACGUCUCUGGAGGAGCGGUUGCUGUGUGUCGAGGUUUCUGAGGCGUGUGUGAACCUCGUCAGGAGAGUCAUAGAAAAGGUGGCGUCCAUCGCAACCUUUGUCAGCUUUUUGCCGCUCGCCAACAGGAUAUGCAUUGAGAUGGCCGACGCCAGCUGUGUAACCAAGGUGGUGGAGAAAUUCAACACUUGGAGCAAAGUUCAACGUGUUGAGUGUUCAAAGAGCCUAAAACAGCGUAUACAGGACUACACGGACAUCCCACUAAACUUUUACCUGGACACCAUGAAGGUCAAAGCCGAGCCCGCAGCUGUGAAAUGUCAAACCCAGCCUCCUCCUUCUGAACUAUUGGAUAAUGGGUCCCAACCCGCUCUGCAAACCGGUGACCCCGCUGGAUCCACCAUUUCUGCGCCCACCACAGCAGGACCAAGUGCUAAUGCCACAAAUGACAUAGCAAUAAAGGAGGACUGUGAGAAACCAGGACCUGAGAUCACCAUGGACUCCAUUGUUGAUCAUGAGCCAAAUGAGGAUGUAGAGAAUGCAGAAGUAAAGGGGCAAGAGUGUUCAUUAACAACCUCAAUCUCUACCGCCAAUAUAGUAGACACGGUCCCAGCUGCUUCCAGUCCUGAUCCUUCCAGUCCUGGCACCACAGUACUCAUGACUGAAGAAAACCCUGCAGAACUUCCCCAGAUUAGCACGGACAUAUUCCAGGCCGUCGUGGCAGCCGUUCGCAACCACAGACUUACCCGGGACAGCAACACCCAGAGGGAGGAGAAGAAGAGCUCCAGCGAAAGCAACACAAGCUCAUUAACUGCAAAGGAUAAAGACGCACCAAAAACAAAGUUUGAGGAUGAAUUUACAAAUGACAGCCCUUCUUUAGACGGCCAUCUUUUUCAAGAUUUCAACAUGGAUGACUUUGUUACUGUUGACGAAAUUGGUGAUGAAGUGGGAGACACAAGCCCCAAGUCUCAUAGUUCCUCCUCAUCUAGGCACUCCCCCAGAGCGAAAAGAGAGAGGCAAAGCUCAGGUAUGUCUUCUGUUGGCAAACGGACAUCAACAAGGUAUUCAAAAGACUCCAGGAGCUCAGAUUCUUCUUCAUUCUCCUCACCCAAGUCAACUAAAGGCUCAAGCUCUUCUAGCUAUGUGUCGCCAAAAAAAUCCAAGGGCUCAUCUGAACCCACCAAAUCCCCUACCAAACCCUCCACCUCUGCCAGUGUGAGUAAUGCCUCUUCCCCUGGUCAGAAAACACAACAUAGCCAGACAAAAUCUCCAGCCAAAGUAUCAAAUACUGCAUCCUCCGGGUGUAGAACCCGCUCAUCCUCCGCUGCACAAGAAAUGGAAAAGAUGACAUCAGUGGCUACAGUCAAGGCUUCAGUGGAGACUCAUUCUGAGCCUCUGGGAGAAGAAGCAAAAGACACUGAAAGCACACUGGCAAUAUCUGACCACACGGUGUCAGCAGAGGGCUUUGCUGUAAAAACUGUUGAGUCAGAGACAAAAAUAGAAACAUCAUCAGAGAUACAUCCACCUCUACAGGGACAUGGAUUAGACUUGAGCCAAUCCCAGAGUCUGGAGGUUGAUGUUCAUGUCAACACACGCAAAGGCCUGAAGAAAACCAAAGAGGAUGGGAAAGAAGACGAUGUUGAGAAACUUACAGAGAUGGAGGGGGACAACGACAAAUACAAAAUCCUUGGUUCACUUGAUGAAGAAACAGAUGAACAGAUGAAUGAUGCGGACCAAGACGGUAGCUCUGAAGUCCGGCCAACUGUACCCGAGGGAGGCCAGACUUUGCACGUGGAAAGCUUUCAGGUCUUGGACAGCGUCAACGAUAAAGACAAAGCCCGUCCACAGGAGUACAGUGAAAUGGAAAUAGACAAUUCUUUCCAAAUGGUGGACAGUGCUACCCAGGACCAAGCAGAUACAGGUCAAGAGGACAGUCACCAGGUCCAAGAUGAUGGGUCCACAGUUAAGCACGUGUCUGAGGAAGCAGCAAUCCCUGCAGGUGACACAUCUGAUAAAGAUUCAGUAGAUAAAGAUCAGGAGACAAAUAAUAUAGCUCAAGUGGUAGAUACAGAUAGUAAACAAGCUCCAAGGGACAACGGAGAUGGGAAGACAGGAGAAGAGGAGGACGAAGUCAAAGGCAAAAUGUGUUCAGCAGAGUCCUGCAAAGACUUCCAAGAUGUGUUGAAUCCUGAUGGCCGAAUCCCAAAUGAAGACCAGCUGCUUCAGGACACCGACAACAAAGAUACUUUAGAAACCUUUGAGAUACUGGAUUCAAUUGAUGAUCAGAGUGCAACCGAAGACGACAGCCAAAACCUUGGAACUCCAAGUGACCAGACAUCUAAGGAAGACAUUCAGUCCAUGGAGGUGGAGGAAGACACAUAUCAGGUGAUUGAUUCGGUGGAAGAUCACCCACCAACUACAGAGACUGAGUCGGAGACUGACAACACAGGAAAAAGAAAGCGAGGGGAGGCGACUGCUAGAAAAGAUGAUAGACCAUCAAGGAGGAGUGGGCACACAACCACAGCAUCCAGAAGUGAAGAGAAGGAGAAAUCGCCAAAAAAACAGGACAGGAGAUUUAAAAGAUAUGAGACACGGACGAGGUUGGACACAUCUGCAGGACUUUCUAAAAAAGACAAAGAGGCCAACGAGGAGAUGGUGUAUGAGAUAGUAGAUUCUUUUGAAGACAAACCGGUUCAAGAUGUUGCCACCACCGAAAUGUCUGGUAGACGGAGGAGUGCAAGAGGUAAGAAAGAGGAUAAAAUGACAUCUAAUCUUACAGGAGCAUCUGAAAAACCAGAGGAGGCUAAAUAUGAGAUUUUAGACUCUGUGGAGGAUGAAACUGCCAAUGAUGAACCACUCUUAACAAGAUCCACCAGAGGAAAAAGGGAAAGAGCCACUAGAAAAGAUACUUCAGAUGAUAAAACGAUAAAAGAGGACACAGCAGUGAAAAUGAGACACACUCCUGCUAGAGAAUCACAGGAACAAAACAAGGAAAGAACACCAAAGAAAGAGGAGAGAGCCCCUCUAAAAGGUAGCACACCAUCAAAGAAGAUUGACGAUGAGGUAAAAGAGGAAAUUGACUUGGAUGCUACCUAUGAAGUAUUUGACUCUGUGGAGGACGAGGCGGUUAAGGGUGAUAGGCCCGCUACAAGACGAAAAGGAAGAAGGGGAAGACCAAAGAAAGUUGUUAAACCAGCCAUAAAAGACACAUCAAAGGAGGGUGAAAAAGUGGCUGAUGAAGAAGAAGAACCGACAUAUCAGAUUCUUGAUUCUGUGGAGGACGAUAUGGUUAACGAUCAGCCCCUCACGGGACAGUCAGACGAGAAAGAUUCCAGCAACAAUGACGAGCAAACGAGGAAAAGUGAAUCUCUCAAGGGAGCAUCCAAAAAAGAGGAGGAGGAAGAGCCUAUGUAUCAGAUCAUAGACUCCCUGGAAGACGAUCAAGGUCAAGAAGAGCCAACAGCCACAGAGAACAAGACAAAAGAUGAAACCCCUACAAAAGAAGAGGCGUCAGCUGAAGAAGACACACCAACAUUUGGUACCACAGUUGUGGAAGCGUCCGAAAAAGUUGUUGUCAAGGAGGAGACUCUGUGUCAGAUAGUCCGUCCAUCUUCUGCAGAAGGGUCUGUCAUGAGAAAUAAGAAAGUGGACAAAUCAACAACUGAAACCCAGAGUGAUACUGCCAUAGUUGAAAGUGGGAAGAAACCAAAAUUGCCUGAGAAAGACGACACAAUAGGCAAUCUGGUGAACCUGGACCAAGUCAGCGAGGAGGAGGAUGAUUACCCUGACGACACGGCUGAGGAGGAAGAACUGAGAAAGCGACAAGCCGCCUCAAAAGAGAAGCUGUUCGCCAAGGAGCGGGAAGCUAGGAGGACCAGGGAGAGGGAGGAGAGGAGAACCAGGGAGAGGGAGGAGAGGAGGACCAGGGAGGGGGAGGAAAGGAGGACCAGGGAGAAAGAGGAGAGGGAGCAAAGGAGCCGGAGCAGCAGCAGCAGUAGAGCAGGUGGGAGAGAGACAAGGAGGGCAAAGGAGAAGGAGAGGGAAAAGGACGACUCUGCGGAGGUAGGUGCCGAAGAGCUGGUGACUCUGGAUGAGGUGGGAGCAGAUGAGGCUGGAGAGGAAAGAGCGCCAGAAAGCCAAGAGUUGGAUGAGGAGAUCAUGGAGGGGGAGCUGCAAGCACUUGUCACUCUGGACGAGUUCAUAGAAGAAGAGGAGGAUGACGAUGAAGAGCCCAAGCAAAGCACACUAGAGACCCGCCCACCCAGCCAGGAGGACGAAUCAGAGGACUUCUUAAACUCAGAGACUUUGGUGACUUUAGAUGAAGCUGGCGAUGAUGACGAGAAGCCGGAGGAAGAGCAUACUGAGAAAACCUCAUGUACCGUCCAACACAAUGCUGAUACAGUUUUAGACGAAAGUCUGAACUUUGUGACGCUAGACGAGGUGGGAGCGGUGGAAGAGGAGGAGGAAAAGGAAGCUGUAAAAACCAGGAGAAGAGGACGCGGCAAGAAGAGAAGCAGACAGACCCCUGUGAGAAAAUCUACCAGAGGGAAAACCGUGACUGCAAUAGACGAGAGAGAAGAAGAGUUAGAACCAGCGAGCGCUGAUGUUCUGCCUCCAACUCCACUCGAUGCGUCCUCGUCACUGGACACAGGUCCGUCUAUGUCGUCAAGUGACGGCCAGCCGGAAACCCAGAAGGCCGAGGUGGACGCAGCGAACUCGGCUGACAUCGAGGCAGCCUCUGCUGGGCAAGAGCUGCAGCCGGAGCACCCUGAGAACCAGACACUGGAGGGAUGUGUGGGGGAAGGACAGCAGGAAAAGGAGGAAGGAGGGAGCAGGGCGGACAUUAAAGCUGUGAGUAAACUGAGGAUGGAGUCCGUUGGACCUGAAGCAAAGCGCUCUCGUUCUCAGUCUCCGUGUGUCGCUACCGACGUCAAACUGCCGCCGUUCAAACCUAACAACCCCCUCGGUCGGGAGUUUGUGGUCCCCAAAUCCGGCUAUUUCUGUAACCUCUGCUCCGUGUUCUACCUGAACGAGAGCACCGCCAAGGACCUCCACUGCAGCAGCCAGAGACACUACGACAACCUGCAGAAACAUUACCAGAAACAAUCAAGAAGUUCCAAACAAAGUUCUCAAGGCUCCAUUUCUGAUUGAUCCCGACUUCAACUAAUGAC